AAUACAUCGUCAAGACCCGAGCAAGAGCCCAAAGUGUCCAAUACCUUAGAGAAGACAACACCACCACCACCUCCGCGUCGAAUGGAAUCGGAGCUCCGGUACGAGCCGCCACUUCAGCUGGUGAUCGACACCUCCCGCACAAGAACCCCUGACCGCAACCUCGUCCCCAUCACAAAGCCGUUCAAAUCGACCAUCUUAACCCGGCUCCACGCCGGCUACUUCCGCAUAAGCCUCUCCCUCGCGAGCCAAGCCUUGCUAUGGAAAAUCCUCCGCCACCCAUCGACGUCCGAAGACUCGCUGCCUCUCGAACGGCUCUCUCAUGUCAUCCCUCACUUGACCUUCAUGAUCUUUUGGGGCUUCGCUGUUCUAGUCCAAAUCUCCCUCUCUUUCCUCUAUAUUCUCCGAUGUUUCUUCCAUUUUGGCUUGGUGAGGGCGGAGUUUCAGCACCACGUUGGGGUGAACUACUUGUUCGCCCCAUGGAUAACGUGGCUAGUGUUGCUCCAAUCGGCUGAUUUUACGUUGGACUUGCCGAAAACGAUGUCGUACUUGGUCCUUUGGUGGGUUUUCGCAGUUCCCGUGAUCUUGCUUGAUAUAAAGAUCUACGGGCAGUGGUUCACGACCGAGAGGCGGUUUCUCUCGACGGUGGCCAACCCGACGAGCCAGCUCUCGGUGGUGGGGAACCUAGUGGGCGCGUGGGCUGCAGCUGAGAUGGGGUGGUGCGAGAGCGCGGUCUGCAUGUUCUCGCUGGGGAUGGCGCAUUACCUAGUGCUGUUUGUCACUCUGUACCAACGGCUGUCGGGUGGUGAUAAGCUGCCGGCAAUGUUGAGGCCAGUCUUCUUCCUGUUCUUCGCAGCGCCGAGCAUGGCAAGCUUGGCUUGGAAGUCCAUCUCCGGAGGGUUCGACAUCGGGUCGAAGAUGCUCUUCUUCCUCUCCCUCUUUCAGUUCACCUCUCUGGCAUGCAGACCGGCGCUCUUCAAGAAAUCGAUGAGGAAAUUCAACGUCGCAUGGUGGGCCUACUCCUUCCCGUUGACUUUUCUUGCCUUGGCGUCGUCUGAAUACGCGCAGGGAGUGAAGGGCGGCUUCGCUUCGGGGCUCGUGCUGGUGCUAUCGGCGCUCUCCUUCCUGGUUCUCCUCGGCCUGAUCCUGCUCACCGCGCUCAACACCGAUCGGCUCUUCCGCGAAGACGACCCGAUCCUGCACUUCGACAAGGGGAGAAGCUAGGAAUUAGUAGCUUAGCUGGUUUUCCGGUCUGUACUUAAGGUUAAGGGCGGGGUUAAGGAAGACUAUGGACGUCGGUCGCGACGGUUUUGUACCUUUAGGUCAUUCACAGAGCGACUGCCAUGACUGUUUCUUUCGGACAUCCGGGGAAAUAAUAGUAGUCUGUCGACUAUCUCUCUCUCUCUCUCUGCACGCGCGGGCGUGUGUAGUAUGAGAUGAUCCGAGUGUAAACUUCGAACUUGGGCUAAGGAAACUCUGUUUCUUCUACCUUCAGCAUCUUUAAUUUCUCGAUUCGAGGGGAUACG